GGAGGUCACCCACUCAUGUUCAGCAUAGGCAGGUUCGAGCUCUAUGUAAUUACAAUGGCACUCCCAGCCCUGGGGCGGGCCGCCCAGCCUUAAGCUUUCAGAAAGAUGAUGUGAUAAAACUACUGAACAAUGACGCUCAGUGGUGGAAAGGACUGCUGAACGGAGAUGAGGGCUGGUUCCCUUCACAACUUGUGCAAGAGGAAAAUAAUCCAAGGAUCCGCAGAAAACCCUCGUAUUUGGAUGUGAAAAUGAAGAAUGGAACGCCCAGUAUUGUAUCCCCACCCCGCCCCCACUCCCCCGCUAACAAUGUUCCCUAUGUUAAUGUGGAUAACGACGGAAUGUCCAGUCAGCUCAAUGUCUAUAAAUGGUUUGUGGGUCCAAUGGACAGAGACACUGCCAAUCGCAGACUUGGCAACAUGCCAAACGGGACGUUCUUAAUUCGAGUCAGUGAGAACCCAGGCAGGAGAGGGGAGCUCUCUCUCAGUAUUCGGUAAACACAGUUUAAAUUAUCAGAUACAUCUGCCUGUAUUUACUGAAAGGUUUCAGACUGUAACCUUUAAAUUGUAUUUUAUGUAUGAAACACACAAUU